CCAUAAUGCACCGCUGCCACAGAGAGCGCCAUCUUUGUAACGCUGUGCUGGAUAUCACAAGCUUUCCAUUUGUUUGUGUGUUGUUUUUUUUUAUUUUUAAAACAAUAAUACAUCUAACCUUCGGUUUCGCAUAACAAUGGGGGUGAAGGUGCAACGUCCUCGCUGCUUUUUUGACAUCGGCAUCGGAAACACUCUCGUCGGCCGCGUCGUGUUCGAGCUUUUCUCUGAUGCGUGUCCCAAGACGUGCGAAAACUUCCGCUGUCUCUGCACAGGAGAGAAGGGGAUUGGGAAGACGACACAGAAACCUUUACACUAUAAAGGCUGUCUGAUCCACCGGAUAGUGAAGGAUUUCAUGAUCCAAGGAGGAGACUUCACUGAAGGGAAUGGCAGAGGUGGAGAAUCCAUUUACGGCGGAUUCUUCGAAGAUGAGAGCUUUUCUGUGAAACACAAUAAAGAGUUCCUGCUGUCUAUGGCGAACCGAGGCAAAGACACCAACGGCUCACAGUUCUUCAUAACUACAAAGCCUACUCCUCAUCUGGAUGGAAUACAUGUGGUGUUUGGUCAGGUGAUCUCGGGCCAGGAGGUGAUCCGGACCAUCGAGAGUCAAAAGACGGACACUAACAGCCGGCCGUACGCCGAGGUCAAGGUGCUCAACUGCGGAGAGCUCAUCCCCAAGUCUAAAGCCAAGAAGGAGAAGAAGAAGAAAAAGCACUCAUCCAGCGAGAGCAGCGAUGACUCUUCGUCCUCCUCCGAGUCUUCUGACGAGUCCGAGGAGUCUGACAAGGAGGACAAGAAGCACAAGAAAAAACACAAGAAGGAGCAGAAGAAAAAGAAGAAGGAGCAGAAACACAAGAAGAAAAAGGAAAAGGGAUCAGACGAGGAAGAGGGAGAAGAAGCAAAAGAGGUGGAGGCUCAGCAGCCGGUUCCGUCUGUCCGCCCAGACGAAGUCCCACCCAUCCCAGAGAACCGCUUCCUGAUGAGGCGCAGUCCACAGCCUCAGCCUAAAGAGGAACAGGGGAAGGACAAACACAAGGAGAAUCCUGGAAAAGAGCGGCAGAGGGAGAGGGACAGAGAACGAGACCGUGAGAGGGACAGGGAGAGACCCGUGAUGAACUCACGACCCAAUCGACCACGUCUGGUAAUGACCCGAUCCGGCCGGAGAAUUAAAGGAAGAGGACCCAGGCGCUAUCGGACUCCGUCGCGCUCUCGCUCUCGGUCCUGGGAUCGUUUCCGGCGUAGCGAGACUCCUCCACAUUGGAGGUUGGAGAUGCAGAGGACCCAAAAAGCCAAACCCAAUUCACAGACCACGCAGGAGCGCUGGAUCAAAGGAGACAAAGGGGACGUCUCGCAGGAGAAGACGGACACCACCGAGCAGCCGGAAAGAGAGAAAGCAGACGCCGAGCAGCCGCGAGAGAGGAAGGACUCCGAGCGAGAAAGAAAAGGCACCAAGAGGAACAAAUCGAACAGCCCGGAUAAAGGACGAGAGAAGAAAAGCGGCAGACACCGUUCCAAGAGCCAGGAGAGGGACAAACGGAAAAAAACAGACGGCGAGGAGGAGAAACGAAAGGGGCGCAGUCGCAGCAAGAGCAAGGAGAAGAAAGAAGAGGAGGACCAGAAACGCAGCAAAAUAGACGACAAAAAGGGCCAACCGAGCAGCAAGGACAGGAAAGAUAAAGAGGCGAGAAAGGACCGAGAGGACAGCAAGAGCAAGGAACGGCCUAAGCAGCCCGAGAGAGACGCAAAGGACAAGCGGGACGAUUCCAAAAAGACUAAGAACGGAGAGACUCGACGUGAAAGAUCUAGGAGCCGAGAGAAGGAGCGUGACGCGAAGAGACGUUCCAGGUCUCGGUCGAGGUCCAGAUCGAGAGGACGUGGCAGACGAGACAGGUCACGCAAUAGAGGACAGGGCAAGAGGCGAAGCAGCAGCCGGGACAGGAAGUCACGUCGGUCUAAAAGCAGGGAUCAGCGAGACCGAGGCAGAGAGCAAGCACGAGACCGAGAGGACGGAGAGAAAAAGAAAAACGACGUAAAACCAGACGAAUCGAAAGGCAAAGAGAGCCGAGCGAGAGACCCAAGCUCCAAAGAGCGGCCCAGUCAGACACGGCGGAGCAGAGAAAGAAGCGCAAAGCGGAGACGUGCGAGAAGCAGCAGCUCAGACAGCGAGACGGACAAACGCAAAAAAAGAGGGAAAAGCCCGAGCCCCAAAAGCAGAGAGCGAGCAAAAGACGAAUCACGCAUCCCCAAGAAGGAUCACAAGAACGACAAAAAGGACUCGAGCUCCAGCGACAGUGACUGAACCCGACCAUGAACCUCCACGUCUUCUGAACACCCCGUCGAGUCAACAGCGCCACCUAUCACCACGCCGGUCCAAGAUGGACUUAUUUUUAUUUUUAUUUUCAUUCUCUCCUUCCCUUAAACUUGGAUUUAUUUUCUAUUUUAUCCCAAAUGUAGAAUAGAAGGUUUAAUUAUGGACAUCGUGUAACUAACAAGUAAUUUGCAAAUCGUAUCUUUUUUUUUUUUUUUUUAAACACUCGCUACGAGGAAAGACUUGAAUGCUUUAGUUGCCCGAAAACCAACCCAAAAGUGGCACAAUAGAUAAAAUAGAUAUAGAGAGAGUUGAUUGGCUAGUACAGGAAAUGGACACAAAGGAUGUAAAUUCCCAGCAAGAGGCCAAAGAGUGUGUGAGGCAGCACUAAUUAAAAGUAGAGGAAGUUCAGGACCAAUGAUUUAAAGCUCUAGUGUAGACUCUUUAGUCCUUAAAUCACAAGGAGAGUCUGGAUUGAGAGUAAAACUGAAUAUUAGAUACAAUAUCCGAGGCUCGUUCUUACACGCCGCUGUGAUGUUUUUGCGGGGUUUCCUCGUCUUGAUGUAAAAAAUUAUCGAAAUUGAAUUGUACCGCCGAGGUAGCUGGAGAGAUUUCGACAUCUUUGCUACGCCCGUUAUUUUUGUUUUUUCCCGGUAGGGGUUUCCCCUCCUGCUGCAUACCUGUAUAUCCUUUGCAUGCUGAAAACCCCAACCUGUUUGUAGUGCAGCGGGUGGUCUGAUUUAUCAGUAUGCGCGAUAAACAUUUCAAGCAUCGAGGUCGAUCACGUUGCUGUAAUUCACGUCCUCGUUUUUGUUGAACAAGAGAAGAAACACUGCCAGUUUGAACUUUGCUGAGGCUACGUGUCCAUUUUUCACAACUGCGAAUAGAAACCCAGGUCUCACCGUUUCGUCCGCCUCCGUCGCUCAGUUUUAACGCUCGUUUGUUUAAUAACGCGGUUCCACAGCGUAGCGGUGCCAUUCCAAGUUCAAGUGCAUGAGUGUGUAUUUAAAGAGAGGAUUUGAAUUACUUGUUGGUUUCAUUGUUCCAUUAAACUAAGGACGCAAAUAUGAGACUCAGAACUCACCCGGUUUCAUUCGGACGAUUGUGAAGAAGUAAAAAUAUAUCAUUUGGAUUUCUAUUGUUAUCUCGGCUCUGGUUCAUCUCUAAAUAGCUGAUCAUGUCCCAAAUGAAUCCAAAACGGUCCUUGCUGGUUGAAGGUGAGCGAUUUCAGCCCUCGUGGAUUUGAUUCGAGUGGUGUUUUUUAAUUUUUUUUUGUUGUUGUUCUGAUGUCCUAUUGUAUGUACACGAAGGCCAGCAGCCACGUCGGUAUUAUGCAGGUCGGACCGAAAUUGGAUUUUUUUUUUUUUCCUUUUCUUUGUGUUGGCUACAAAGCCAAGAGGGCGUGACGGGUUUUUCGAAGUAAACUGUCGCAGUCUUGUUUUUUUUUUUUUUUUUUUUUUUCCCCUUCAUUUUCUCCUUGCUGUUUCACAGGAGCUAUAUUUCAAAAGUCAUCUGAUGUUAGUUAGCAUAAAAGGAACGCUCCCCCCUCCCCCCACUCCGAGGUCCUACACUUUUCACGUUUCUGUUCUACUCAGUGUUUAGUGUGAGCCAGGAUGGGAAUUACCAUUUUUGGAGUUUUAUAUGGGGUUUUAUGUUUGUAAUAAUGUCCACAUACGAGUGUCGGUUCUGAUUGAAAAUUAAAACCCGAUUCUAAAAAUA